AUGGUCGUUUAUAGUGAACUACAAAAUGGGAAGUAUGAUGAGAAACGAGGAAUAUCCGAAGAGAGAUAUGCGUUACAACUAUACGCUAGUGGGCAAUAUUUAGAUUAUAAUUAUUCCGAAGAACAGCUAGUUGAAUUGAUAGCAAGACAUUUUGACAAUACAAUGGAAGACUAUGUCACCUUACAAGGAUAUAAAGACAUGGACAGUUUAUGCCAGUUCUUAGUUGUAAGAGAGGCACGAAGAAAAGAAAUAAGGACACGUAGGCAAACGGAAAACAAUGGGAACAACCAAACAAACCGCACACACAACUACAGACCGUCUCGUAAUGAAAAUACAUACCGAUACAAUGAAUAUAGGGAUAACGAGGGACAAAGAUAUACAAACAAUUUUCAUCAAAAUAGAUAUAAGCAGAAUAGAAAUGGAUAUCAGCAAAAUAGAUUUCAAAACAAUGGGAGAAAUUAUAAGAUUCAACCAUAUCAGCCAAAUCCAGGAAGGGAAAAUUUUAACACAGGAAACCAAUAUAACAACCACAAAGGACAAGGAAGAGAACAAAACAGAUAA